AUAAAAACAUAAAAGUAACCUAUAAAAAUACUUAAACUAUGGUUUUUAUUACCAAAAUUUGUUAUGCAGUUAAAGAAAUAAAAAUACCACGUAAUUAUUUACGUAGUAAGUUUUUAGAUUCCGUCAGACUACAUGUAAAAGGUGGGACCGGUGGUACCGGGCUUCCUAAGUUCGGAGGUCUCGGUGGUCAAGGAGGAUGCGUGUACUGCGUAGGAAGCGAAAAUGCUAAUCUCAGACAUAUGUCAAAGUAUCGCGCCAAGACAAUCACCGCUGGACAUGGAGAGGAUAGCCGAAAAACUAAGAUAGUUGGAAACCCUGGUUCUGACAUUAAACUCGAAGUACCGCUCGGUGUUACAGUUUACAGAGAAGAUGGCAAAGUCUUGGGUACCAUAGACAAAGAAGGUGAUACAGUCAUAGUGGCUAGGGGAGGUCCUGGAGGAAAUCCAGACAACAACUUCUUAGGGCAUUUUGGUCAGAUACAUCAUAUACGUUUAGAUCUUAAACUAAUUGCAGACAUAGGCCUUGUCGGUUUUCCGAACGCAGGCAAGAGUUCUCUGCUAAAAGCUAUUUCUAGAGCCAAGCCACGGAUAGCAAACUAUCCCUUCACUACGAUAAAACCAAAUAAGGGCAUAAUCCAAUAUGAGGACCUCAGGCAAAUCUCGAUGGCGGAUCUGCCAGGUUUAAUAGAAGGGGCACAUAUUAAUAUUGGUCUAGGACAUAAGUUUUUAAAACAUGUAGAAAGAACAAAAUUGUUGCUGUUUAUUGCUGAUGUUGAAGGUUUCAGAUUGAGUCCAAGGCAUACAAAGAGAACAUGUUUAGAAACAGUUUUAUUGCUGAACAAGGAGUUGGAACUGUAUGAUCCUGAAUUGCUGAAUAAACCAGUUAUUUUAGCCAUUAACAAAAUGGAUUUAAAUGGUGCUGAAGAUAUUUUUGGGAAAGUUAAAGAAUCACUUUCAAAUAUACACAAUAUUAUUGAAAAAAUACCUGAAGAAAUACGUCCAGAAAAUCUAAUUUCAUUUCAAGAUAUAAUUGGUAUCUCUGCAUUGAAGGGAAGUUCUGUAGAGGAUCUGAAGCAGCUGCUCAGGAAGAGACUAGAUGACUUAGCAGAGGAAAGUAAUCCAGACAUAAUAGAACCAAGUAAAUUAUUGAAGAAAAACAGAGCCAUUGUAAGAGAAAGAGGGCCACAGAUCACAUGAUGUGUUGUGUAAUUUGAAAUUAAAUAGCUGUAAGUAAU